AUGGCGGAAGCACCACUAGCUGUUGCUUCGGCGGUCAUUCUACCAGAGUCCGAGCAAACCCCCUCCCCACCAGCAGCUCUCAAACGAAGACAAUCCUCGUUCUCAGAUGACCACUCAAAAAGGCCCCGACUCGGCCAUUAUGACACGAAUGGAAGCAGACCAGACACCAUGACGAACCCGCAAUCAGAACGACGAAGGAGCGGACAGAUGGAGGAACGCAAACGCGGGCAAAGACUGUUUGGCGCUCUGCUCGGCACGUUAUCCCAGAGCUCAUCAUCCACAGCACAAAAGCGCCGCACGGACAUUGAGAAGAAGCAGCAGGCCAAGCUAAAGCUACAGGCGGAAGAACAGGACGAGAAGAAGAAGCAGAAGCUGGAGGCUCUCUUGGUGGUGCGCCGGGGAGAGCAGAAGAAGUUUGACAAACAAUCUAUGCAAAUACGGCAUUCAAAUAUGCUGGCCCGAGCACACUUCCUACGUACAAGAGCUGAGCCUAUGCUUUACUACAAGCCGUGGGAGCUGUCGCCAGGCGACGAAGAGAAGAUCAAAGCCCAGGUCGAAGAAGCGGAAGAGUUCAUCGAAAGAGAGGCUAAGCAGUGGGACAUCGAUAACGCAGUCACGAGCGACGAAGCCCCGCCAUCAACCAAUGACGGCGCAGGUCCUUUUGAAACCAAAGAAGAGGAUGCUCGGGCGGUGGACACGGUGGGUGCUGCUACUAACGGAGAACAGCAUUCCAGUCCCCAAAUAUCUGAAGAUACUAAUAUGAACGAUACUGUUGCUUCAAUGGAGUCUGGAGAGAAAGAAACGCCUGCUGAGCCAUCUGAGGCCGUAAAGGAUCUUGGAGAUAACGGGGAAGAGGUGCUUGAAGGAGAGGAAGAUACAGUGAUCUACUGA